GUUUCCAAAAGUGUCAAUAGAGACGGACGUAACAAGAAAGGGGACGAGGAACGAUCCCAUGACCCAGAUGUUGUGGAUAAGCUUGAAGGCAUUGUUUGAAAAGGAGGGAAUGAAUUAUGUACAUCAGCAAUACUCAGCUUUCCUAGAAUCAUGCGACGGAGAGCUUGAACAAGUAAAAUCUGGGUCUGUGACAUUUGUUGUUCGUAUUGUGAGUCGGGAGGGUCUGAACAAACUCUGGAGUAUGUACACCACUGGAGAACUCGACAAGAAACUGACAGAGCUUCUCAUCACAGAUGAAUUGACAACAGGAGAUAAGAGUGACUUGGCUAUCCAGGCGACUAUUCCGGAAAGCGACUACAAACAGGCCUGCAGAUUCUUCGAUGAGUUGGAAAAAGUCCAGCGGAAAGAUGAAGAGGACUCCAUGGUGGAAGUAGAGCACCAACAACUUGGAGAAAGCAGCACAGCAACGACGGCUGAUAGUAGCGCUCAAGCUGAACACGCUGAAGAUAGAUGGGCAGAGAAAAUGGAGAAAUUGUAUUCGACCACAGGUACAUAUUCAUAAAUGGUCAAAUAUGGUACAUGUAGAUGGUGACACCGAAAAGAUUAUAAUGCCAAAGCUAAUGCUGGUUAAGGCUACCUGAG